AUGUCAUACCUCGACUUCUUGUAUUCCGUGGGCGACUUUGCGCAUCAGCUCUUUGUCGUGUUUCCUUAUAGCGCUUAUACUAUACCACGAUCCGGGUCGACUCUCUUACCACCCGACAAAAGAAUGAACCUCAAGGCUGCCGAGACAGAGGCGGCUUCGGCGGACAACCGCCCGGAACCUCAGCUCAACUCCGAAAGCAGAAAGUCGCUGCAGCAGGAGGAAUCGCACAGGGCUCUCGUAUCGACUAAGCCGCCUCCUAAGGGUUUUAGUGACGAGAUCUUCCGUUUGUGCACGGCUCCGGAGGACGUGUCGUCGGUGCUGGCUUCCAACCCCGAGACGACGCCAAAUGCGGCAUGGGAGCAGCUCUACGGCAAGGGCUCGGACUCGGGCCCGGGUGUUACACACGCCAUUGUCAACGGGGCGCCGCCGCUAGAAAGGCUGGAGAGGGCGGCUAGGUGUGGGAAAUGGGGCGAGAACAGGCCUAGUGAUUUGUUCCUCGAGAUGUACCAUGAUGCAUUGGCGACUCUCGAUGAGGACCCGAGUCAAGGAGUAGUUAGCCCGUCACUCAUGGGCAGCAACGGCGUUAUGCCGCUCACAAUCAUCUCUACCAUACCCGACAUCGUGCGGCAUAUGGCGAACCUCAUCGUCGCCGCCGAGCAUGACGUUUUCAUUGCAACCAACUUUUGGCAGAAUAGCGAAGCAUCCAAAUAUAUCACCGAAGCUAUCAGGGAGCUCUCCAGGCGGGCCGAGGGGCGUGACGACAAGGUUGUGGUCAAGAUAAUGUACGACCGCGGCUCGGUGCGGCAAGUCUUUGACCAACAUCACAUCGUCCCGGAGAAGGAUUACGCAGGAAAGGCAGUGUGUCUUCCGAAAGCCAGCGAAAUUCCAAACGUCGACUUGGAGGUCAUGAAUUACCACAACCCGCUGCUGGGAACGUUCCAUGCCAAGUACAUGGUCGUGGACAGGAGGAUUGCCCUCUUGCAGAGUAACAAUAUCCAGGACAAUGAUAAUCUUGAGAUGAUGGUGCAUCUGGAGGGACCGAUCGUCGAUUCCAUCUAUGACAUGGCACUGCUGAGCUGGAGCAAGGCUUUGACGCCGCCACUGCCGACUGCGGACAAACCGGCAGCGAUGGAGACUCCCCGAUGCUUCGAUAGCCAGGGCGGCACAGAGGAGGGGGAGGAGGAGGAGGCGGAGGCGGCACAAAACGGAUACAACCACAGCACACCAGACGAACCAUACCCCGAACACACGACGAGCGACCCGCACUACGACGCCACCAUAUCCGCCGAGGUGCGCCGGGUCCAGGCAUCGGUGACGCCGCUGCCGGGCGAGUCGCGGCGCGCGGCGGUCACGAAGCACCUCAACCACACGACGAACCGGGGCUUCACCCCGCCGGCGGAGCACCUCGUUCCGGAUAGCGUCGUGGGCGAGGACCCGGAGAAGAUCAUGACGCCGUACGUCAAGCACCAGCCGCACCAGCCGUUCCCCAUGGCCCUGGUGAACCGCCCGCCGUACGGGCCGCCCAAGAACCACGACGUCAAGAACCCCCAAAACGCGGCGUGGCUGGCCGCCCUCCGCUGCGCGACGCGGUCCGUCUUCAUACAUAGGUGGUUGAAAAAAAAAAAGGGCGAGCUCCUUCCAAUGCAGGGCGGCCACAACGAAAUGAUAGCGCACCGGCUCCACACGGCGCUCUCGGACGAGGCGCGGCCUCGGCUGCACUACCACUGGUACGUGGCCAAGGACGCGACGGCGCCGCUGCACCAGGGCAAGCGGCAGCGGUCGUGCCACAUCAAGCUGCUGGUCGCCGACUGGCAGGUAGCCGUGGUCGGCAGCGGCAACCAAGACACGCAAAGCUGGUGCCACAGCCAGGAGGUGAACGUGCUCCUGGACCUGCCGGGAGAGAUCGCGGAGCAGUGGAGGGAAGCGCUCGAGGUCCGCAAUCAGAACACGGGAUUGUACGGGGCCGGGAGCAAUGAGGACGGGGUCUGGAAGGACUCGGAGGGCAGGGAGGCGGACGGCGCGAUCGGGAUCGAUCCGGGCAAGUUUAGCUGGGGAAAGGGGAUUGUGGGGGCGGUCAAGAGGUUGAAGGGGACGGGGGGCUUUUGA